UCGCUCCACCGAUACCGGUAGGGUAAACGAAGGCAUUCAAUCUCAGGAAUCCGAUAAAACACUCAGAACCACACUCGGUGCAUUAUUUCGGUUGGUGUCAGUGCGCGAGGUGCCUAGCGGGGCAUGGACUGUCUUAUCACAGGCCUGUCGCCGGUGCGGGCGCACGGGAAGAUGAAUAUUCUCUGUAUUUACGUUACCUGAUUUGCAGUUUAUUGCACAUCUUGUGUUUUCGUAAUCUAUGCUCCUUGGUGGUACAUUAACGGUGUUUUUCAGGGGCAUGGGCACUCCCUGUUGUCAUUGCGCACGGUAGUUGGGGGACGGUAGCAGGCUAACGUUAGUAGCUAGCUAGGUUGUUUGUUUGUAGCCCCGUAGGCCGUAUUCUUGACAGAAGUUACGCCUGGUUUGGGGCGUAUUUUACGCUCCGUGGCGCUGAAAGCACGUGAAAUACGACGUAGUUUUUUUUUCUAGAAUAACGUCACAGUCCAAGUUGUAUUCUGAAAGGGUGUUUACGUACGGAGCUGUCAGAAAAAUGCUGACAGCGAUCAUGACUAGCUGUUGUAUCUCUAGACCAGGGGUCCCAAACUGUUGCAGGUUUUCAUUUUUAUUUCCUGCAAUUCUACACAUGUUGUCAUGGCGUGCAAAUAAUAUUUAGCAGUUGUAAAACACAUUUCUUACCAUUCUAUACAUUUGCCCAAUAUCUAAUGUGUAUUCGUGUGAUAUUUGAGUGACAAAAAAAUAACUAUCUAUGGGCUAAAAGUUACCUGACAUGAGCUACUUGAUCUGGACAUUUCUGACAAGUUAUAAAUAGUUCUCUAAGGUCUGUAAUGACUAAGAAGACGAGAGGAACUGAUGAUGUACUACCCAAUUUAGAGAUGACAAUUUUCAAGAGUCACUACUCCACCCCUCUCGUCAACCAACCAACCAAAGGAAGACUGGCCCCUCUCUCCUGCCCCCUCCAGGUCACUACUCUACCCCUCUCGUCAACCAACCAAGCAAAGGAAGACUGGCCCCUCUCUCCUGCCCCCCUCCAGGUCACUACUCUACCUCUCGAUUCUGAGAGAUGACACUCCCUCUGGACUAGACCAAGCCUGCACCACAACAGACAAACAUACAGUCCAGCGUUUUGUGUGAUGGCCUGAGAGGGCUUCCCAGUCUAGCCUGCCUGCCUCUCCCGGGUCCAAACUGUCUGACUGGGACUCCCCCCCUCCCCGCCUGCUACGCCCUGCCUCCGUUGCCAUGGGAGACGGCCUGGAGGCGGGCAGCAGCCUAGACCCCGCCCCCCGCUCCCUCUCCUGUAACCCCCCGCCCCCCGAGACAUGGAACCCCUCGAGGCCGAAACGACAGACCAACCAGCUACAGUACCUGUUGAAGGUGCUGCUGAAGACGCUGUGGAAACAUCACUUCUCAUGGCCCUUCCAGGCUCCAGUAGAUGCCAUCAAACUCGGCCUGCCUGAUUACUAUCAGAUCAUCAAGGUUCCUAUGGACAUGGGGACCAUCAAGAAGAGACUGGAGAACAGCUACUAUUGGAACGCCCAGGAAUGUAUGCAGGACUUCAACACCAUGUUCACCAACUGUUACAUCUACAACAAGCCUGGUGAUGACAUAGUGUUGAUGGCAGAGUCUCUAGAGAAGAUGUUUCUUCAGAAGAUCUCUGAGAUGCCCCAAGAGGAGACUGAGAUCCCCAUGGUUACCAAGGGGCGGAGGGCGGGGCAGAGAGAAGCAGGUCUCCUGUCUAAGUCUGACUCCGGCCAGGAUUCAUCUCCCUCCUCCACCCCCCACACCCAAGGUUUCUCCUCCCUGUCGCCGGGCCCUCAGACUCGGGGUCUCCCCGUAUCCCAGGGGCCCCCCACCCUCCCGCUCGCCCUCCCCCCUCAGACCCAGCCCCCUCGCGUUCCCCCCACCCCUCCCUCGCACGCCCCCCAGCUGGGACCACCCUUCCCCAUCAGCCCUCUGGAUGUCCUGGCCCAGGGCCUCACCUCCGUACCCCACCACCCCCCAGCCCACCCAGGCCUUCACCCUGCUGCCCCACCCAUCCCCCAGAGCAUCGCACCCCCAGCUAAGCAGAGGAAGAGCCAGAAGAGGAAGGCUGACACCACCACACCCACCGCCAACGACCAGCUCAGCGAGUCGUCUCCCGUGGCGACGGAGCCCCCCCGCCCCCGCCGUGAGAGCAGCAGCCGCCCGCUGAAGCAGCCCAAACGAGACCCCGCCCAGCCCGACUCCCAGCACCACCUGGGGCUAGGCGGGGGGGUUCCCGGGGGCGGAGCGUUAACAAGUCACGGCGGGAGCCCCAAACGACAGGAGCAGCUGCUGUUCUGUGGCGGUCUUAUCAGAGACAUGUUGUCUAAGAAACACAUUGCGUACGCGUGGCCCUUCUACAAGCCUGUCGACGCGCACGCCCUCGGCCUCCACGACUACCACCACAUCAUCAAACACCCUAUGGACCUCGGAACCGUCAAGGAUAAGCUGGACAGCAGGCAGUACAGAGAUGCUCAGCACUUUGCUGCUGAUGUCCGGUUGAUGUUCUCCAACUGUUACAAAUACAACCCCCCAGACCAUGACGUGGUCAAUAUGGCACGCAAACUACAGGACGUGUUUGAGAUGCGCUUUGCCAAAAUGCCUGACGAGCUUGAGGAGACGGCCCCCCUCCCCUCCCCCUCCCCAGCCCUCAAACCCCUCCCCACCAUCUCUGCCCUCCACCCCCUCCCCGUCCCCACCCUCCACCCCCUCCCCACCCCCUCGGCCAGACAGCCCCCUGCCCCCCGACCCCCCUCCUCCUCCGAUGACAGCUCCUCCUCGUCGGAAUCAGAAUCCUCUGAGGGAGGUUUGGAACACGAGAGAACACAGAGACUGGCUGAACUACAGGAACAGCUCAAAGCUGUUCACGAACAGCUGGCCGCUCUGUCCACGCCCCAGGCCACCAAGCCCAAGAGAAAAGAGCGGGAGAAGGAGAAGAAUAAAGACAAGUUCAAGAAGAAGAUAGGAGGGGAGGAGCCACCGGAGAUCCUGCCCCCUGCCAUCCUCCAGCCAAUCAGAAAGAGCAAAAACAGCAAGGAGCUGGUGACCACGCCCAAGAAGAUCAAGAAACCGAGUAAGAAAGAAGGUAUGAAGAGCAGCCGUCUGGGCGCCCCACAUCAGACCGGCUCCACCCCCCUUGCUCCCUCAGCCUCGCUGGAGGCACAAGAUGACAUGAGUGUGUUUGUGGGCGGGGCAGCUGACAGGUGUAAGCCAAUGUCCUACGAGGAGAAACGCCAGCUCAGUCUAGACAUCAAUAAACUGCCCGGCGACAAGCUGGGCCGCGUCGUCCACAUCAUCCAAUCACGAGAGCCAUCGCUCAAGAACACCAACCCAGACGAGAUAGAGAUCGACUUUGAGACGCUGAAACCCUCGACGCUCCGAGAGCUGGAGACAUAUGUCUGGACCAGCCUUAGAAAGAAGAAAUCCCAGCCAGUAGAGAAGGCUCUGGAGGUGACCAGUGUGAUGAAGAUGAAGACAGGAUCUUCAUCAGGCAGCAGUGACUCCUCUGACAGCGACGACACAGGGCUGGCCCCCCAGCAGCAAAAGUCCUCCUCUAGCAAUAUAUACUGUAAGAGACCCCACCAGUCCAGCAGGGGCGGGGUCAGCAUCACUGCCCCUCUGGACCCCUCCUCCUCCCCCCAGACCCCCCUAGUUCAGUCCAAACCCCCCCAGCAGCAGCAUCAACACCCCUUCACCCCCCCUCCUCCUCCCUCCAUCCCCACUGUCCCCGUGACCUCUCUGGACUCCUCUUUGACCUUUGACCCCCUAGUUCACUUCCUGGCCCCCCAUCUGAGCCAGCAGGUGGGGGAGCCCCCCCGUAAUGAACUGGGGACCCCUGCCGCCGGACCCCCCCACCUCAACGCUACCAACACACACACCUCUGAGAGCACACAGCCCUUCCUCAACCAGCAGGCCGUCAUGCCCUCCGCCAUGCUCUCCCCAGCACUCCACAACGCUCUCCCCCAGCAGCCGUCCCGCCCCAGCAACCGAGCGGCCCCCAAACCCCCUCAGCCUCCCCCCUCCUCCGCUCCUCCUCCCCCCCAGCCCUCCCUCCACAUUCCCCAACCCUCCCUCCCCAUUCCCCAACCCUCCCUCCCUCGCCCUUGUAUCCCCUCUCCCCUCACCCCCCACGGAAUCCUGGGGGUCUCGGCCCAACCCCCUCAAGCCCUAUUUGAGGACGACGAGGAGGCCGUGCCCACUAACUCUGAAACCCCUCCCCUCCCGCUCAGCCAGGUGCACAUGUACCUGCAGUCGUCUCGGCCCCCGGCACACAUACACCCCCACACACAGUCUCCUGUGCGGGUCCAGUCUCGGCCCCCGGCCCACACACAGUCUCCUGUGCGGGUCCAGUCUCGGCCCCCGUCCCACACACAGUCUCCUGUGCGGGUCCAGUCUCGGCCCCCGGCCCACACACAGUCUCCUGUGCGGGUCCAGUCUCGGACCCCGGCCCACACACAGUCUCCUGUGCGGGUCCAGUCUCGGCCCCCGGCCCACACACAGUCUCCUGUGCGGGUCCAGUCUCGGCCCCCGGCCCACACACAGUCUCCUGGGGGGGUCCAGUCUCGGCCCCCGGCCCACACACAGUCUCCUGGGCGGGUCCAGUCUCAGCUCAUGUCCCGGCUCCCGGCCCACACACAGUCUCCUGGGCGGGUCCAGUCCCGUCCCUCGGCCCACACACAGUCUCCUGGGCGGGUCCAUUCUCAGCUCAUGCAGGCCAUGCAGACUCAGUCACAGGCAGCGGCCGCUCCAACCCAGCAACAGCAGAGGCUCGCAACACAUUCUCACACACACCCUCACUCACACGCUCACGCACACAUGCAGCAGGCGGGACAGGGGAUGUCGUUCCCCCAGCAACAGAGCACCAUGCACCCGGCACAGAAAGGGAUCAAGCAGAUACUACAUCCACAACCAUCACCACGGAUCAAAACUGAGCCUUUCAACACAGGUCCUCUGAGGGAGAGCCCCUCCCCUCUGAUGCUACAUUCUCCCCAGAUGCCUCAGUUCCCACCAAUGAGACAGUCCCCUUCCCAGCCCAAGAAACCUAACCAAAGGGUGAAAGAGGAGAAGCCGCUCCCCUCCCCGGUGCCGCCCCCCUCCCCUUUCAGCCCCACCCAGCGACACCACAAACCACAAGACAACAAACACACACACAGAUCAGAUGUGAAGCUAUUGGACAGUUCUCGUCCUGGGCUCCGCCUCCCGGACUCCCCGGCCCCUCCCCCUUCCCAUCAGGACAGCAAACUGAAGCAGGAGGCUAAAACACCCAUCACCGCCAAGAAGACACAGGAGGUGAAGUUAAAGAACAUGGGUUCCUGGGCCAGCUUGGCCCAGCGUUCUCAGUCCACCCCCACCUCCGCUGUCCGCUCCUCUAGCGACAGCUUCGAACAGUUCCGUCGUGCCGCCCGAGAGAAGGAGAGAGAGAAACAGCUAAAAGCACAGGCCGAGCAGGAGAAACUACGUAGCCGUGACGACGAGGACUCUGUGGAACAGCAGGGGAGGGUGCGUGUCCAGGACUCUCGCCGUCGCCAGGAGCAACUUUCGCCUCAAGCCCCCACGCCCCCUGCCUCAACCCCUCCCGCCGUCUCCCCACAGGCCCCUCCCACUGAACAGGCCACACCCCCACCCUCGGCCGCAGCACAGAACGCCAUGGACCAGCAGAGGGAGCUGGCAAGACGCCGCGAGCAGGAGAGAAGAAGGAGAGAGGCGAUGGCGGACACCAUUGACAUCAACUUCCAGAGCGACCUGAUGGCCAUCUUUGAAGAGAACCUCUUCUGAGAGAGAGAUUGAAAAAGGAGGAGAGGGAGACAAAUGAACUCUACCUUAUCCCUUAUCCCACCUCGGAUUUCACACACAACACCAACCCCCCCCCCCCCCCCCCCCUCCCUCCCUCUCUUUGAUUAGAGCCCCCCCUCUCUUUGAUUAGAGACCUCAGACCAGGAUGUGAGCUCCAGAGACUUGACGGAGACUGAGGUGAGGUACAGUAAUAAGGUGGAGCCCCCCCAGCGGUGGGGACCGGGAGUACAACUUCCACUUUUUUGCAAUUUCAGAUGCGUUUUUUGUGUCUAAGCGCCCGUUUAUCGUUGAUGAUUGGUUGUUGCCGUGGGCAACGGUGAAACCGGAUACCUGUCGAUAAACAGAUAUUUGAACUCCUCUUGUAUUCUGAAAGGAAACCGAGGGAGGAGGGGAGGACUGAGAACUAUUACCUGAAAAUAAAGAAGAGGGUUUAAUGUAGAAAGAAGAAGAAGAAGAUGAUGAGCACCUUGUGUUCUUCUGACGUGAGGGAGGGAGGGAGGGGCGGGCGAACGAGAGGACGGACAGACUUCUUUCUCUCUGAUUCAUUUCUCUCUUCAUCUAGUAUUUUUCUCACCCUGUUUUCUGAUGUUGGGUUUUAAGCGGGGUGGGU